CUGAAGUAGAAAUACUUUUCAAAUCAACAGUUAUAGUUAAUCAGUUUAGUGUACAAUUUAUUUUAUAGUUAACCUUAGUAUUAUCAAGUGCUAUCGAUUGCGAUAUCGAUUUGCGAUAUCACUAGCAAUGUAUUUGUAGUAAAAUGGCAAAUUAACUAAUCAGUUAAAUGUGUUCCCAAACAAGAAAAGUUUAGUCGACAGUGAAUGUAAAUAAACUUUGUAGAAUAAUUGCAACUAAAUUAUGGAGGUUAAAAAAAUGAGCAACACAACAAGUUAUGGUGAUAAUACACUUUUAAAUAAUUCCAAUAUAGUCAAGGAUAUUUCAGGUAAUGGAUUGGGAAAACGACAUAUUCAAGCUGUGUUGUUGGCAAUGAUCCUAUUCUUAUCGCAUUCUUUAAAAGUAUCAAUGUCAGUAUGUGUUGUCGCUAUGAACGAUCCUACAGCUAGUGUUAACAAAAAUAUACCUACAUACAAUUGGACAAACAAAGGAUUAGUUCUGUCUGCCUUUUUUUGGGGAAUGAUUAUUCCUGCUGUACCUGCUGGAUGGUUAGCAACUAGAUAUGGAGCAAAACGUUUUUUAAUCGGUGCGAUAAUGAUAAAUUCUGUGGUUGGCUGCCUUAUUCCAACAUUAGCAGCAUUUGGAUCUAUAUGGGUAAUCAUUUGUAGAGGUAUACAAGGAUUUUGUAAUGGAUUUGUCCUUCCGUCGUUGUAUGCUUUAUUUGGGAAAUGGAUUCCAGCAUAUGAACGAAGUAGAUGUAUGGGAUUUAUUUAUUCUGGUGGUAUCAUAGGUGUAAUAACCUCAACGCUUUAUCUGGUUACAUCGCAAAUAGUGAGUUUGGUUGGCCAGCGAUAUUUUACAUGUAUAGUAUUUACGGUGUUAUAUGGUGCCUACUGUUUUGGAUAUUUGGAGAAAAUAGUCCUGCCAGCCACAAGACGAUAUCGGAAGAAGAGAAGCAGUAUAUUCAAAUAAGUUUAUCUACACAGGAGAAAAAGAAACUGGAUACACCAUGGAAGAAGAUAUUAACAUCUACGUGCUUUUUGUCUUUAAUAAUUGCUGAAUGUGGUGACCAUUUUGCAUUCCAUUUGCUAGUUUCACAAAUUCCGAAUUAUUUAAAACAUAUUGUAAGGCUAGGAAUGACCAACAAUGGCUUGGUAAGUUCUCUGCCUCACAUAGUAACUUGGAUACUUGUAUACAUUCUUUCGUAUAUUUCUGACAAACUAAUAUCAACUGAAACUUUAAGUACCACCGCUACCCGCAAAUCUGUUGCUACUGUAGGAAUAAUCGUCCCGGCGAUUUCGUUGACAGCACUGGCAUUUUGCGGUCCAGAAGACAACAUAAAAGCAAUAGUCUUUCUAGUUGUUGGAUUAAGUGUUGAAACUGGCGUGGCUUACUCUGGAAUAUAUGUGAACAGCGUAGAUCUGUCUCCUAACCACGCAGGAAUACUCGGAGGCAUAUGCAACCAAUUUUCAAAGCUGUGUUCUGCGCUAGGACCGGUAGUGGUUCACUUUGUUCUAACCAGUGAUGUUAACCUCGCUCAAUGGAAGACGCUGUUUUUUAUCACUACUGCUGUGAAAUUUUUUACAGGGGCUGUAUUUGUACUAUUUGGUUCCGCGGAAAUACAGCCUUGGAAUUAUGAGAUCGAUAUCAGCACUAAACCUGCCAAAGAUUAUGUGGCAGUAGAAACAACUGAAUGUAAUUCCACUGGUCUAUGAAAAUGCCAACGGAUAAAAUCUCAUGAGAAACUUGUGAUCAAUGAAUAAAUUUGAAGAAAGGUUAAACGAAUUACAUUAGAAUUAAUGUCCUUGGCCAUCGUCAUUAACGUCAUUGGCAUGAAUUUACAUUAAUGUGAUAACAAGAAGAGCUGAAAUGAUUCUUAGAUAUAAUAUAUAUUUUAACCCAAAUUUAUUU